AUGGAUUCUUUGAAGGAAGAGGUGCACUUCCCCAAAGAUAGUCAGGCUUCCGAUCGCAUGAAGAAAUUCGCCGAUCGACACAGGAAGAAGCUUGAAUUCAAUGUGGGUGACAAGGUACUCAUCUGUAUGGACCAACAUCAGUUCAAGGUGCCCAAGGGAUUGAGUGCAUCUUUGGUUAGACAGUUUGAUGGGCCUUUUGAGGUGAUUCAGAAAAUCAACCCGGUUGCAUGCAAACUCCAUUUGCCCCUACAUUCGGGGACCCAUCCAGUCUUCCAUGCUUCUCAGCUAAGACCCCAUCACCCCGAUGAGGAAGACUUAGUGAGGAACAUUCCACAUAGAGGACCAGCAAAUGUCCUUGACAACCCCAAAAUGGCACGUCACACAGGUCCUAGCCAUGCAAAUUCUACGAGGGUGGAAUCGGCAAAUUUGGGAGUUCCUGGUUGUAUUUGA